CAGCCACCGUGCCCCCCAGGUCCCGGGCAGCAGAGGGCCAGCGCUCACCUCUGCGUGUGCCCGCCCUGCGCCCCAGCCGUGUGCGUCCAGGUCUGAUUGCUCCCUGCUCAGAACCUUACGGAGUAAAAUCCAGAUGUCUGUGGGUUUUCGCCUAACGCCAUCCAGCCCCCUGCCGUCCCCCAUCCCCACCUGUGCCCCAGCCGUCUCUCCCUGAUGGCACGCUUCUCCUCUCUGCCCCCAGCCCCUCUCCCCACCACGUACACCCCUCAUGCUUCCACAGAGCCCCCCUCACGUCUCCUUUGUCCCCCAGGCUGCCCCCAUGCCGGAGGUGACCUGGCUGAAGGACGGCCUGCCUCUGCCUAAGAGAAUUGUGACCUCCACCACGGAAGGCCUCGCCCAGCUCCUGAUCCCUGUGGCCAGCAACUCGGACAGCGGCCUGUACACCGUGAGGCUGAGGAGCCUGCAGGGGAAGGAGGCUACCCACAACUUCCGUCUCAAGGUGGCAGCGUACCCGCUGGCGCCCGGGCCCAUCUGCCUGCAGGAGAACGUGCCUGGGACGGUGACGGCCGAGUGGGAGCCCUCCCCGGACGAGGCCGGGGACAUGCCACUGUACUACACGGUGCUGACGCGCUCCUCCGGGCACGGCCCCUGGCGCGAGGUGGCCAGUCGCGUCCACACCAACCGCUUCACCCUGCUGGGCGUCCUCCCCGGCCACGAGUACUACUUCCGCGUGGUGGCCAAGAAUGAGCUGGGCGCCAGCGACCCCUCGGACACCAGCCAGCCCUGGUGCCUCCCGCGGCAGCAAGCGAGGGGCACGGCGAAGGCUCCCGGCCCCCGGGAGCCCAACCUGAGCCAGAAGCCCUGGUUCCUGGUGGGCCUGCGGCCCCACCUGCUGCCCCAGGGCUGCGAGUGCUGUAUGAGCUGCGCCGUGCGAGGCUGGCCCCGGCCCCAGGUCACCUGGUUCAAGGACGACCAGAGCCUGGAGGGAAACCCUGCCGUGUACAGCACCAACGUGUUGGGCGUGUGCUCUCUGGUCAUCCCUAGCGUCACCCCCGAGGACAGCGGCCAGUACAAGGUGGUGGCCGAGAACACACUGGGCCAGGCCGUCAGCACGACCACCCUCAUCGUCACAGGUAAAGGUGCCACCCUGGCCGUGUGCCUGCCCCCAGGGGCCCUGGCGUGUCUGUCUGCUCCAGGGUGACGACUGGGCUGGGGUCAGGACGUCACGGUCCUCUGUGCAGCUUCCUGUGGACUCUGCUGUUGAACCUGGCCCUUGGUGGCCGUCCGGGGACCCUGGUUUGCCCGUCUGUAAACUGUAGCAUGUGGACAAGGUCACUG